AUGAGUGUGAGGGUUGAAAAGGAAGAAGAAGAAGUGCUUGAGUGGAGAAUCAGCGGCGACGAUGCUACCGUCGACCGUCUGCCCCAGCAUGUCAAUGAUGAGCAGGUCCAAAGACCAACGGAAGUAACGACAGGUGUUAUUCAGAGAAUGGAGAUGGAGUGGCGGGAAGUGGUACAUCCUUUUGAGCUCCACAAGGAGAAGGUGGAGGUUACUACGACUCCAAUGGACAGAAAGUACGAGUCCCGCAACGAGGGGUCAAUUCUGGGAACAAGCAUACCCAAGAAUGUUUGCGUCAUUACGCUUGUUUUCUACCUCGUACUCCUGCCGUUGCAAGCAAGCGAGCAUCUGGCCAUACUCAAGUUGCUGUAUGCAUCUGACCCAUGA